AGCCACACGAAAUGCCUCGGAAACAUUCAGUCCGAAAACUGCUGCUAAUACGUGAACGAAACCAUAGCCGGCUGUGAAAAACCGAAUGUCGAGUAAUUGUUGCGAAAAUCCACUAGGAAAUCCAACCGCAAUACCUAAAAUAAUACUGCCCACCUGUUGAUCUAAGUGUGCGUCGCGUUACUCGUGUGAAAAUUUCCAAGUUUCGUUGCCGAUGGACUGUUUGUUCGACGCGUGUGCAUGUCUAUGUGUGCGACCCUCGUUUUUUAUUUUCGUAUUGUUUUAUUCCUGUUUUUUGUAUUUUUUUAAACAAACAUAAACAACAAUAAGUACCUGCGUUACGGCAACAAUUGCACCAUAAUUUUAAUUUACAUAUGUUGUAUUCAUAAAAACGUUUUUCUUCUUGUUUUCUUGUUUCUUUUUAAUACUCUCGAGAUUUUAGUCAAUUUUUGUGAUAGUUAAUGCAAAUAAACGUAGUUUUAUACAAUCCACUGCGACAGCUGUCUGUGAUGAUUCCUUGUAAGAAAAGAUAAGAUAUAAAAAAGUCGUAUCAAAGCUCUAACCGUUGCAAUUUAAGGAAAACGGCACAAUUUUUCCGUAAAUACAUAUCUCCUUAAGUGUUACAAACCUAAUAUAGAUAUCUAUGCUAGAAAAGAACUGCAUUGUGAACUCUAACAACUUAUUAUACAGAGAGAAAACGGGGAACUGUAAAGUAUAAAUAAGUACAUAGUGUGUGCGAGUACUGGAAUAUGACACAAUCAAGGUAACAUAACCUCUCCUUGGCGUCCAGGUGUUUUUGAAACAUAUUUUGGGACAAAUGAGUAUAAAGGAAUUCACUAUGAUUGGGCCUCACCACGUGUGUGUCUUGUAUGUAGCCACCGCAGGGCUUCAGGGAAACCUCAUGGGAUCUGACGAACAAGAAAUUGUCCUGCUCAUCUACGUCAUCAUCGACUAUGUUCAAAACAAGAUUGUUGGUAUCCAACAGUAUCCUAUUCGUCCGUUGGCUGCCGACGUCAACGAAAACAUCCUAUCAGAACAACUCACGUCUGAAUCCGUUCUCACGGACGAACUUAUUAAAUCAUCCGGAAGACUGUUGGACAGCGCCUUGCUCGAAUUCGAAAGUUAUUGUACGAGUAUUCACGUGGAUCCUCAUAGCCCCGGGUUUCGAAUAAUAACCGACGGUCAGCUACCCCUCAGGCAAUGCCUUCACCCGGAAGCCUGCCGGAAAGAGAUUGACCUGCCUUUUUACUACACCGUGUUCCAUGACCUUCGAAAGGAAGUUGCGAGGUUUAACAAAACCGACGAUGUGCCCCAAAGUGUUCCUGAUAUGCUCAAUUUAUUAGAAUUAAAACCCGAAACGGAGAACGAGUUCUACAAAAGGGAAGCGAAAGAUAUGGUGAACAUAGUACAGAAACUAAUAGAAGAAGGUCACAGGUUUGAAGCUGUCGAGACUGUAAAUUUGGUUUUAGAGCCAGGGAUAUGUUCCAAAGAUGAAGACGUCGAUGGCAAUUGUAUAGUGAGAGCAAGGGGUCUUCCAUGGCAGAGCAGUGACCAUGAUAUAGCGAAAUUUUUUCGCGGACUGAAUGUAGCAAAGGGUGGUGUAGCACUGUGUUUGUCAGCCGGUGGUAGAAGAAACGGCGAAGCUUUGAUACGUUUCGUAAGUCAGGAGCAUCGGGAUAUAGCUCUUCAGAGGCAUAAACACCACAUCGGAACAAGGUACAUCGAAUUGUAUCGUGCUACUGCAGAAGAUUUUCUUUCGGUGGCAGGAGGUUCAAAUAUGGAAGCGCAAGCUUUUCUAUCACGGGGUGCCGCUGUUAUUGUGCGCAUGCGCGGUUUACCUUACGACUGUACUAAGGAGCAAGUGCUGGAAUUUUUCGCUAAAGGUCCACAGUCGUGUUCUGUUUUGGAUGGAAAAGAGGGUGUGCUGUUUGUAAAAAAAUACGACGGUCGCUCUACGGGCGAUGCUUUCGUCUUAUUUUCCCAGGAAUCCGACGCACCCAAAGCUCUCUCCAAACAUAGGGAGUGCAUCGGCUCUAGAUACAUCGAGUUGUUCCGAUCGACGACCGCUGAAGUACAACAGGUAUUGAAUCGGUCCCAACAGGAACCGAUAGUGGUAGAACUUCCCGCUUCCCUUGUCAAUCAAUUACCACCGAUACAUUUACCCCAACAUUUGAUUACCUCUGGAACGAAAAAAGACUGCAUUAGACUAAGAGGACUUCCUUACGAGGCUCAAGUCGAACAGAUAUUGGAAUUUUUGGGUGAUCAUGCCAAAAAUAUCAUGUUUCAAGGGGUCCAUAUGGUGUUCAAUGCUCAUGGUCAACCAAGCGGCGAGGCAUUUAUUCAAAUGGACUCGGAACAAUCUGCUUACAACGCUGCUCAACAAAAACACCAUCGAUACAUGAUAUUCGGAAAGAAACAGCGAUACAUUGAAGUGUUCCAGUGUUCCGGCGAAGACAUGAAUCUCGUGUUAGCGGGUGGCAUCUCGGCCCCUGUGUCUCCAGCAAAAGCAGCCCCCGCCCUUCUCAGCCCUGGUAUGUUACCUACCGCCCUGCCGCCCCUGCCACCAUUACCACCUACUAAUGUCCCCCCGCCACCGACACCUCAAACGUCGGUAGCUCAGGUAACUCAGAAUGUUAUGACCGCUCCCCAUUUAUCUUGGGAAAAUCAAACUUUUUUAGCGCAACAACAGGCACAAAUGAUUGCCCAUCAAAACCUGUUGGUGCGUCAAAGCCAGGCUCACGCGCAGGCUCAGGCGCAAGCCCAGGCUCAGAACGAAAUGAUACUUAUGAAUCAGUUGUACAACAACGGACUCGCGGUUUUUAAUCAAAAUAUUUCGGCGGUAACGCAAGCUCCUGCGACAAGUGGUGCUAUUUAUCAAAAUCAAGUUCUCAAAUCGCCCGUUCCGAUAAUGCACCAAAUCCUGCCUCAGCAGCAAUUAUUCCUUGCUCCUAGAGUGACGCCUUUGGGCAUUCCACGACCUACCGUUGCAUAUCCUCAUCUCAUAUCCACUCCUUCGCCUGGAGUCGUUCCUGUACUACCCCAAACCCCCACAACCGUUAAAAGAAAGAACUCGAUUCUUGAUCAGACGGUAACGGCUAAGAGACCGAGGUUUCAACCACCCACAGUGGUUCCCGUUUCUUACAAUUACUAUUAUCCCAACGCAUAAGUACGAAACAUAUUAAUAUGUAUAAUAACGCACACGAAUAAGAAACAAAAAUUAUUUGAAUUUCUAAGGCAGCAAAAAAACCUUAAAUAUAUAUGUUAUAUAUAUAUUACAAUUUUUUUAAUUUUUUUAUUUAGUUGUAUGCUUUGCAAGGCAGCAGUUUUGUUUAGAUUCUUGUUGUACCUGUUUAUAAUUAGCAGGCGAUAAUCCUCGUUCUUAAUGAAAUAAUAGUUGUAGUUAUUAACAAAAGUGUGUACAGAAUCCACACGUUCAGAUAAGUACUUUAUAUAGAAUAAAAUUGCGUGAGAAAUUUCUACUCGCUUGUUAUUUACUAUGAAUAGUAUAUACUACCCUAGUAUACAUUUUACUCACUAAUUUAAUGAAAAAAUAAAAAUAAAAAGCCAGGUACAUCUAUUUAAAAUAUAACGUGAUUUUAAACAUUCCAUACUUACACUAUAUUUAGAAAUUGAAGCUACAUUUAGCUUUAUGUACUUACAAUAAAUAAUUAUUAGUAAUAAAUUAAGUGCCUUAAUCAUAAGACUUUGAUACAGAAGUAAUUGUUGAUAUUAUAUUUUUCUAUAAGUAUACAAUAUAUAAAAUUAUAUAAUAAUUGCACAGAUUUACUAAAUAUUUUUGACAAUUACGCGAUUGUUGAAUUAUUCCUGUUAAAUUAUGGGAUAAUGUUGCAAAGGAAUUACCAUGACAUGAUACUGUGGUCGACAUUCUGAGAUACCCGAACAUUUUGAUAGUGAUAAUACUAAGUUGGUGGUGGAUCCCUACCCGUUGACACUAGUUCUUAUACAUUCCAAACACAUUUACAUAACACAUUCCAAAUGCAUAUAUUUUUUGACAUACUUGCCUUAAGGGUACAGUGUAUUUUUGCCCUUUAAAUACUUAAAAAGGAUAUACAUAUAUAUAUAUUGUACUUACUAUAGAUGUUUAUAAUGGACGUUGUUUUCGGAAGGCGUUUCACAGCCACUAAAACGGUUUUUUAAUUUUAUUUGUGUAUUUGAGCUUUAUUUGUAACAAGUGUUUGCAACUAAUAACAUAGUGGACUGGGUCUGACAUUGUUGUGAAAGUAUGGACUAGAGCACUGAUAUUACACCCCAUUCAAAGACGAACUUUGCAAUUUUUUUUGUUUUUAUUUGUUUGCUUAUAGACCUUACGGUGAACGUUGUCUUUGAAUGGUAAAGUAUCAUUGACAAUAAUAAAUCACGGAGUGGGUAAAUAUUAUUUCAUGCGUGAACAAGAAGUUUUAGAUGACAUUUGUACUACGAUAGAUUGUAAUUUAAUUUGUUACUCAUAUUGAUUGGUGGAUUCUUUUGUCUUUAGUUUUAGCAUAAAAAGCUGACGUUUUUUUGGGAAAGGCAAGGUUGUGGUUGAUACUUGAGAGGACGUGAAGUGUAUUAUCCGUUAUUUUGAUAACGUUUCGGUUGGUUUUGUUUUCGUUUUUUUUUCAACUUCACGUUUUCUUCCUGCGUUGUCAGGUAACCGAGCCUUAUUAUUAAGUACAAACUUUGAAACAUGCGAGUGGUGAGGAUUUGCUGUUGUAUAAGAGCAUGUUUCAAGUUUUCAUAUUUUGGUAGUAAGUUUAUAAGCCUGUUGCAUACCUUCUUUUGGCUUUCGCUAGAUUUUGAUGUCUUGGUGUUUCUAACUUUUGCUUUGAUCGAAUCCUAUUUUUUUUUCUAACAUCUGGUUUUCAUAUUUCGUUAUUCACUUAGCAGAAGCAACGUAUUUUUUCCAUCGUCUUUCGUCUAUUUCCUCUUCCUUUUCUUUUGCCCUUUGACGUUGGCACUUUCCGGUAUGUAUUUUUCGCACUCGCAAAAGAACAAUUUCAAAAGGCAGA